GAAACACACUGCUAUUUACUUUUGUGAAAUGUCAGAUUAAAUUUUUCCAACCUUUUCAAAAAGAAUAUCAAUACACGCGUUGUCGAUUUCGCUCCUGGCAGGCAUACAAUUGUUAUAAUUCUUUAAAUCUAGUCACUAUGAAUAUCUUACCCAAAAAACGAUGGCACGUUCGCACCAAAGAGAACAUUGCAAGGGUACGUCGAGACGAAGCUAAAGCUGCCGAAGAAGAAAAGGCUAUAAAAGCCCGGGUCCAAAAAGCCGAAACUGAAGCUAGGACUAAUUUUCUCAGAGACCAAGCACGGCGGAGGUACGACGGUCGUCAAGUUGCAGAUGCAAAGGAUGAAGGCACUGGGCAAGCAACAACGUCAGAAGCCCCCUUAGAGCACGUCAAUUUUUUCGCUGACAUUGAAGGUGGCAAAACUGAUUACAGUAAACCAAAUGCUGAUCAUGAAAUUGAGAAAAAGGAGGAACAGGAAAAGUACGAAAAACAAAUCGGGUAUUUGACUUAUUUGGGACAAGAUACAAAUGAAGCUACUGGAAACAAAAGCUGGUACAAUGAACUCCCAAAAAGGCUUAUCGAAACUGAAAAAUACGAGGAGGCAGGGAUAAAAAAUAAACUCCUAAACGACCCAAUAAACGAUAUCAGGAAAUACAUGAAGAUAAUAGGCUCAACACUGCCGUCUACAUCGUCACCAAAUUUGAAGAAAGAAAAAUUAAAAACUACAGAAUCUGUGAAAAGAAAACGGGAUUCCAGUGACUCGGAGUCUUGUACUAGAGACAAUGAUCGCAAGAGAUACAAAAAACACAAGAGAAAGAAAUCAAAAAAACAUAAGAGGUUGAAAACUGAAGAGCCUACCCCUACGCCUACUAUAGAUUUAGAAAAAUUGAGAGCAGAGAGAUUAAGACGGGAAAAUGCUGAAAAAUUAAAGACUAAGAUGCUGUUAGCUAAAUUGAACGGAGACCCAAUCGAACCCGCAGUGAAGGAAGUCCCAAAACCUGUUAUACAACAGAAAUAUAAUUCGCAAUUUAAUCCGGAAAUAGCUAGGCAAAAUGCUGAAAGAACACAUAGGCGGUGAAACUGUAGCUAAUAUUUUCCCAUUAUAUAGGUACAUGUUACAAAAAUCGCCUGAUUUUUGUGUAUAAUUUCUAAAUAUUCUACUCUCUCAAGUCGAAUAUACAAUGC